AUGAGCAGCCAGAAGGCCGCCGAUCUGUACGGCGUUGGUGCCAGGCUUUGGAGGAAAGAGGACCUCAAGGACAUCGAGCAUCAAUUAUCCCACUCUUACACGCUGAAACAAUUUACCGUCCGACGAAUCAAUGGAAGUACAAUUGAGAUUUUGAAUCCUUUCUUCCAGGUGCAAAAGCCCAUCAGGAAACCAUACGUCGAAUUCCAGAAUUACUGGCAUCUGGUAAACACGGAACCUUUCGGCCCACCCCAGACCUAUCUGUGCUCGUACCUGAUCGAAUGGAUCAACGAGACCGAGGAGGACUUUGGCCGAGAGUUGAAUCAUUGA